CUUAAAAAAUAUCGUCCUUUUUUUUACUUUAUCAAACAAAAAAUAAAAAUAAAAAUGGGCGAGCGAUCAUCAUUUUACCCAACACGAUCUAAUGCAGCCAUGCCCAAUGAAGGAGGAAAGACAAGAAUAGACCGUUUACGCUUAUUAAGAGAUAGCCUUUUAGAGUGUCAUGAACUUGGCAUGGCAAGUUUUUUGGACGAACAACUGGUUGUCAGUAGCCAUUCGGUUGACGACGUAUACAGUCUUGCUCUAUCCUACCAUGGACAACAACAAUACGAACGAGCACUGGAACUAUUGAAUCAAUACGACGCUAUCAAUAAAAAUCUGUAUUGUCGACUGUUAGCUGCACGAUGUUCUCUUGCACUAUCCGAAGGUGCGGAUGCCCUGGAUUAUUUAGGUCACUCCAACCCCUUUACCCAAAAGAAUGCAAAGCUGUUAGACAAUGAAGACACAGGCAUCAAGGUAGAAUCACUCAUGUGUUUUACACGGGCAAAAUCCUAUCUCCUAUUGGGCAAUUACCGACGAGCCAGUGAUAGUUUUAAGGAGGCAUUGAAAGUGGAUACCAGAUGUUCAGGGGCUCUUGAUUCGCUUGUAAAACUAAACUCGAUGACCGAAAAAGAAGAGUUUGAAUUUGUGACAACAUUGCCGUAUGAAGAGCAUUGUGGUGAGGAAGCGGGUUAUUUUAGAUAUCUUUAUGGGCUCAAGCUGAAAAGAAAUAUUCGGAACUCUGAAAAGAUGGUUGCCAUGCCAGAAUUAGAUGACCUGUUGGAAGUUCAUUUAUUCAAGGCAAAGCGAUAUAUGGAAACUGGAGAUUUUGAGAAUUGUCUAAAGAUCUGUGAAACUAUCAGGAAAAGGGACUCUUUCUAUAUGGACUCGAUUGUACUUCACAUCACAUGCUUAUUUGAGCUGAAUAAGAUGAUUGAAUUAUACAAGUACUCUACAGAACUGGUAGAACGAAAAAAUAUGGAAUCCGUAACAUGGUAUGCGGUAGGAUUAGUUCAUCUUAAUGCCAAAAAAAACACAGAGGCAAGGGAAUAUUUUAAACGAUCCUUAACCCUGGAUAAUUUACUACAAGAAGCUUGGAUUGGUUAUGGACAUUCAUUUGCAUAUGAAAAGGAGCAUGAACAAGCGAUCACAGCAUAUAUGUCUGCCAGUCGUUUAGCGCCCGAAUCCCAUGUACCUUUAUUAAAUAUCGGUAUGGAAUACAUGCUACAAAAUCAAUUGGAGGAAGCCUCCAACUAUUUUGCAAGGGGCCUUCAUAAGAAUCAAAACGACCCUGUUUUACACAAUGAAGCAGCCGUUUGCUUUUACAAGAUGGAACAAUAUGUGAGGGCUCGAUCUCAUUUACACUUGGCAUUGCAACACGCUCAAGAAAAUCAAUCUGGCAGUAGUCCUAUUUGGGAAAAAAUCUGGUGUAACUUGGGCCAUGUAUACCGUCAUCCGCCACUUUUAAAUUAUGAUCGCGCGUUAAAGUGUCUAUUGAAUGCAAAAGACCAUAACCCGAACAAUUCAGAUGUUCGAGCCACUAUCGGGAUGAUUUACCAUAUCCAGAACAAGACGAUGGCGGCUAUUGCGGAAUAUUACGUUGCAUUGGAAAAUUCAAAAGAUCCGGCUUCUGUGAAUGAGUUACUACAAUUAGCUUUAAAAAGUCAAAGCGAAAAAGGCGUUUGUGACCCAUUUUCGGAUGAAGGAAUGGAUUUUGCAAAUUUACCCGAACUUUCAAGUGAAAUUCAACUAGAGUUAGAUGAUGCCCACUGGACAUAAUAAACUUAAAAAAAAAAAGAUCAUCUUUUCGGUGUUUUCGACGAAUGUGAUGCUUCCACGACACACAAAAAAAAAUUUGUCUGGCCAUGUAUGACACGAAAAAAAAAAAUUGAUUUUUUUAAAAAAAAAAAUAAGGGUAUAUUACAAACAAACAAUAAUUAGGUGUGUGUAAAAAGAAAAAAAGUCUAUAAUCUAGGCUACUUUCUUUUGGUUGGGAAUAGUUAAACAAUGAAUACCCAAGAAAUCACAGAAACUAUUGAUAACGACAAUGGCCCAACGCAUAUAGGCAAUGACAGCAAAUACAAAAUAUGCAAGUAAAAACAUGUACUCUGACUCCGCCGUAAAAAUAGGUCCACUAAAAAAAAAACAAAU